AAUGUUAGUUGAAAUAUAGAUAAAUAAUGUGUUAGUAUUUCAUAUCGCGUAGUUCAUCAUCGUAGUUCUUGAUAGGUCUGUGACGAGUUCGGUAAUGGUGGCCAUGUCAUGAAAAUCCCCACAGCCAUGGAUGAUAGCUCCGUGUCUCAUCACAACGGAGGGCAAGUGGGAUCUCAAAUAGGAGUCAGUGUAAAUAACAAACAAAAUGACGAACCUAGUCAAAAUGUCCAGUAUUCGAUACCGGGCAUUUUGCAUUUCAUCCAACACGAAUGGGCGAGAUUCGAGUUGGAGAGAUCACAAUGGGAAGUGGACAGAGCCGAGUUUGAGGCACGGAUUGCCUUCCUCCAAGGCGAGAGGAAGGGUCAGGAAAAUCUAAAGAAUGACCUUGUCAGGCGGAUCAAGAUGUUAGAAUACGCCCUUAAGCAAGAGAGAGCGAAGUUUCACAAGCUCAAAUAUGGUGUGGAGUUGCAGCAGGGCGAUGUGCGCCCACCACCAGAGGAGCCCCCUAUGGAACCAGAACCGGCAGAGCGAGUGCAAUGGAAGCAAGGUCGCCAGCUCAUCAAACAGUAUCUACAGGAAAUAGGAUACACGGAUACUAUCCUGGAUGUGCGUUCAAACCGCGUGCGGACGCUUCUGGGCAGCUGCAGCGAAGGCCCCGAGGACCCGAUCCUACGCAGCAGCUACGACAAGCAACGCGAACGAUGCGAUCCACUUAACUUUAUUCGCAAAGUUAACUAUGGUGGCAAAGAGCCUCGCAAAGGUGGGCCUGGCGGGUACAACGAAGAGGGGCUCUCCGUGCAGGAGACAGCCGCCGUCUUCGCUAACUUUGAGUUCCUGGCCAACCAAGAGAUGGAUAUGGAUGAAAUCGACGAUUUGGACGCUAAGCAGCCCCACCACGCCUCCGGUGAGGAAGUGGACCAUGAAGCAGAGGAAGUCCUGAACGAGUUGAACUUGCUGACGGAGAGUGAAGCCGACACCGGUGGACAGGGUGAUGACUACCCAGUUGUGAAAUUCCCAGGCGGAGGCGGCGGCGCGACAGGUGGAGCGGGGGAAGCUGAUGAGGAACCGCUGGCGCUCGGCGAGCUGGCGCAGCUCACCGUUAGCAAUGAGCCCGAAGCCUACGACGUCAAUAGCGCCAACAAGGAGUCCUUCCGCAAGACCUGGAAUGCCAAGUACACGUUGCGCUCGCACUUCGACGGGGUUCGAGCGCUAGCAUUUCACCCGACGGAGGCGGCGCUAGUGACCGCGUCGGAAGACCAUACAUUAAAGCUUUGGAAUCUCCAACGCACUGUACCCGCGAAGAAGUCGGCCGGACUGGACGUGGAGCCGCUGUACACGUUCCGCGGGCACACGGCGCCCGUACUGUGUUUGGCGAUGGGCGCGCCGCGUUCCGAGGAGUGUUUUUCGGGCGGGCUGGACGGCACCAUCCGCGUGUGGAAUUUGCCGCCACCCACGGCCGACCCCUACGAUCCGUACGACCCCGCCGUGCAGGGUCCGGUGUUGGUGUGGCACACGGACGCUGUGUGGUCGCUGGCCAGCGCCCACGGCCGGCUGCUGUCAGCGUCGGCCGACGGCACGGCGCGCCUCUGGGCACCGCGAGCUGCGCGCCCACUAUUGGCCACGCUGCGCGUUGACGACGCGCCCACCGCGCCUGCGCCUGCCGCCGCUGACUUCGCCGAUGCGGGCGCGCGCGCCGCCGUCGUGUACCGCGACGGCUCCCUGCUGCUCUACGACCUUGAGACCACGCAGCCUGUGCUUCGCGUGUCGUGCGACAGUCCGGCCAACCGUGUGCGGUCGCACCCGACGCUCCCGCUCCUGGUGACGGCACACGAGGACCGCCACAUCCGCUUUUGGGACGCGGUGUCCGGCCGAUGCGCACAUGCUAUGGUGGCGCACCUGGACGCUGUAACGGGACUGGCGUUGGACCCUAACGGGCUGUUCCUGCUAUCGGGCUCGCACGACUGCUCCGUGCGCCUCUGGAACCUUGACACCAAGACGUGUGUGCAGGAGAUCACUGCGCAUCGCAAGAAGUUCGACGAGAGCAUCUUGGACGUGGCGUUCCACCCGCUGCGGCCCUACAUCGCGAGCGCCGGCGCUGACGGUCUCGCCAAAGUGUUCGUCUGAGCGCCCCACCCUAUAUACAUAGUAUAUAUAUAUAUAUAUAUAUAUUACAUGUAAUUUUACUUUCGUUACGAAAUCUUAAGCGCAGUAGCGAGUGCGGAUCAGGUCGCUCUAGGCCGUAGCGGGGGCGAAGCACGGCGUCGGCGCAGAUCUAGUCGCGGGGCCGGCGCGCCCUCUCUUCAACGUAUUUAAUAUUGUAAUGGACGCUCGACGCUCGUUAUAAGCGCGUAGUGAACACUCAUCUAUGUAUAGACAUUUGAAAUCUAUUAUAAUAUAUUUUUAGACUUUCAGUAUGUGGAUUUUAGGUUUUUAUUGCGACUUUUUCACCGAUUUACGAUACGCAGUGAGAAUAUUGUUCGUUUCUAAGCCUCUGUAAGCGAGACCUUGUAAUAAAUAUCAUGUGGAUAUCGACGAAGUUUCUUUGGUACGUCUUUAUGUUACGUGUCUGUACAGUUAGAUGUUAUGCAAUAUUUGGUAAUCUUUUGCAAGAACGAAUGGUGUUUCUUAGCUAGUAUGUUUUAUUUAAAUCGAUUGGAUUUCUAUAGAGAAUGUUUUUGUUUUGUGACAUGUUAAUGAUUGAUAAAACAUGUUCUCAUAAUAUUUUACGCGGAUGAUGAGCGAUCGAACAAAAUAUGAUGAUUAGAAGUACUAUAUCGAAAAUAACAUAAGUAAUGUUUGUUCAUAACGAGU